UCACACCCUGUAUUGAUGGAAAUCUACUCUACUGAGCUAAAUGGAAUUGAUUUCAAAAUUAGGACUAUUGAAUUAGACGGCAAAAAAAUCAAAUUACAGAUAUGGGACACAGCCGGCCAGGAGCGGUUCCGAACCAUCACGACGGCGUACUACCGGGGUGCGAUGGGUAUCAUGCUGGUGUACGACAUCACGCAGGAAAAGUCCUUCGAAAACAUCAAAAACUGGAUCCGGAACAUCGAAGAGAACGCCUCGGCCGACGUGGAAAAGAUGCUGCUGGGGAACAAGUGCGAACUGAACGAGAAGCGACAGGUCACCCGGGAUCGAGGCGAACAGCUAGCAGUAGAGUACGGUAUCAAGUUUAUGGAAACAUCGGCGAAAGCAAGCAUCAACGUAGACGAAGCAUUCUUCACGCUUGCCAGAGAUAUUAAGUGUAAAAUGGAGAAGCGAAUGGAAGCCAACAAUCCUCCCAAGGGUGGCCACCAGCUGAAAGCGUCAGAACAACCCCGGAAGGCACCGAGCUGGUUAUCGAAGUGCAAUCUAUUUUGACCUUGUAAUAGUCCUAUAAAUUAUUGUAACUUUUUUAUAUAAUAUACUAAACUAAAAUAACGGAUAAACUAUUAUAAUUACAAUGUACUGUGUAGAAGAAGAAACAAACAAAAAAAAACAGUGAGCGAGAGCGAGAGUGAGAGCUAUAAAUUGGGGACAAAAAAAAACUGAAGAAGGAAAAUCUACACAGCAUCGCAAUUCCAAGAAAAGGCACACACACACAGAUUCAUCACCAACAACCACGAGACAACCACUCAAUUCGGACGCAACGUAGGAUCGUUUGAUCCAAUCGGAUGUUAUGCUUCAGUUGCAAGGAUCCUCAUACGAUAACAUACACGAAUAGGUAGUUUCGCUUUCUUUUUUAUUUAUUUACAUUGUAAACCACCUUCCCCGGAUAAGGCAUGAAGAAUCUGUGUAGGAAAGGAAACUGGACACACCACAGACGACAGACCAAAUAAGAAAGGUCGAUAAAAUUAGCUUAUGAUGUAUGUGUGUAAAAUUGAUAAUAAUGAGUGAUAAUAUUAUGGUGAAAAACAAAACAGAAAAUGUCCAAAAGAAACAAAACCAACAAUAUUGUGUAACACAACAACAACAACAUUCUCAAUACCCAGACACCACCCAGAAGCGUAACAGUGGCAGGAACAUUACAUUACAUUACUAUUGUAUACUCUUUGUAACGUACAAUUAUUCCUCGAAUAAUAAUGAUUGAGCGGAUCGGAUCUAUGGAAAGAAACGUUGAUAUCUUUGCGCCGUGGACAAAAAUGGGAUUGUAAUUGUAUCAUCCAUUUUCUACUUUCUUCCCCACGGUAUCAAAACUUCCCUUCUAGUUUAGUGUUCUUUGAGCACUUCCAUGGUUACUACGCAAGAACUUUCUCUGUCAAUGAACAUUUGUGCAUUUGUAUAUCGUGUGGCAGGCACGAAGAUCCUACUCUAUAUCCUAGGACGUCAAGAAAAUUUCCAUUACGAAAAGUUCAUCAAUUGACCAGGAAUCGAUCCCGUUACUUUCAGUAUGGUGGGUGCGCUCACAGCUUCGACUAUAUAGGCUCUAAUCUGAGAAUUUACCCUCUUCCAAAUAAUUGGUAUUAUAAACCGUGGAGAUGCGGUCUCUAAUAGCAACGGAUUUCGCACUAACAUUCCUUCCCAUCCCCGAUGACCGUAAGGACGUGGCCGGCGCCGGUACAGGCAUAUAAAGUUUUGAACCUUCGAAAUUACACAUAGCUACACCCAAGCCCCAUCCUGUUGGUUCCCUGUGCAAUGUUGACUGUUCUGGUCAGUAAUGGAGUAGCAACUAUGAAUUUUUACUGUCAUCUCAUGCUCUUGCUCUUCCAAAUAAUUCGUAUUAUGAUCCCAUUUUUGUCCACUAGUAACAACACAGAAGUUAUCCCACAUAAUUUGAAGCUUUCAAAUCGUCUACAAAUGACGUCCUACUCUUCUAAUGUUGAGCAUUGCAGGACCACCGCCACAGCACAGAACCAAAAGCACAGAACUUUAUUGACCGUUCCGUUUUUUUCGGAGCCUCUCCACUACACAACAUACACUCGGACAGGUUGUUUUGGGAUUCUGGUGUGGAAAACCUUUCUUCUCGCCACCUACGUGGGAUCACCGGAGAAGAGCUGUGCAAUGCAAUUUGGAAAGGAAACACUAAUACAAACAGGAAUGGGGUGAUGGAUGGGAACUCAUUAAAAAUUCUUUUGUCGUGAAACAAAUACGUGGAAACAAAUAAAAGAAUCGUUAGCAAACAAGGUUUUGAAAUUGUGGUGAAGAUUUUUCUUCGCAAAAAC